CAGGGACUGGUCGCAAACCUCACUCUGUUCAACUAUACCAUGACCGUAAUGAUGUCGAUAUCACAUGUGAGAUUGCUUCCCAAGAGGAGCCUGCUGCUGAAAACUCACCAUCACACGUCUGGACGCCACUUUGCACAGGAGGCAAAAUCUUGCCUGUGACAGUGUGUUUGCCAACAUGGCCCCCAAAAAGAAGACUGUCAAAAAGAACAAAGGAGAUAUCAAUGAGAUGACCAUAAUCGUAGAAGAUAGCCCCCUAAACAAAUUAAAUGCUUUGAAUGGGCUCCUAGAGGGAGGCAAUGGCCUUAACUGCAUUUCUUCUGAACUAACAGAUGCUUCUUAUGGCCCCAAUCUCUUGGAAGGCUUAAGUAGAAUGAGGCAGGAGAACUUCCUUUGCGACUUAGUCAUUGGCACCAAAACCAAAUCUUUUGAUGUUCACAAGUCAGUGAUGGCUUCAUGCAGUGAAUACUUUUACAACGUCCUAAAAAAAGACCCAUCUACCCAAAGGGUGGAUCUCAAUGAUAUCUCACCACUAGGCCUGGCUACUGUCAUCGCGUAUGCCUACACCGGAAAGCUGACUCUCUCCUUGUACACGAUAGGAAGCAUUAUUUCUGCUGCUGUUUAUCUUCAGAUCCACACCCUUGUAAAGAUGUGCAGUGAUUUUCUGAUACGGGAGAUGAGUGUUGAGAAUUGCAUGUACAUUGCUAACAUUGCGGAAACAUACUCUUUGAAAAAUGCAAAAGCAGCAACCCAAAAAUUUAUCCGGGAUAACUUCCUUGAAUUUGCAGAAUCAGAUCAGUUUUUGAAACUUACCUUUGAGCAAAUUAAUGAACUUCUCAUAGAUGAUGACUUACAGUUGCCUUCUGAAAUAGUAGCAUUCCAGAUUGCAAUGAAGUGGUUAGAAUUUGACCAAAAGAGAGUGAGGUAUGCUGCAGAUCUUUUGAGCAAUAUUCGCUUUGGUACCAUCUCUGCACAAGACCUGGUCAACUAUGUUCAGUCUGUACCAAGAAUGAUGCAAGAUGCUGACUGCCACAAACUUCUCGUAGAUGCUAUGAACUACCACUUACUUCCAUAUCAUCAAAACACAUUGCAGUCUAGGCGCACGAGAAUCCGUGGGGGCUGUCGAGUCCUUGUCACUGUUGGGGGACGUCCAGGCCUCACUGAGAAGUCCCUUAGUAGAGACAUCUUGUACAGAGACCCUGAAAAUGGAUGGAGCAAGCUUACAGAAAUGCCAGCCAAGAGUUUUAAUCAGUGUGUGGCUGUGAUGGACGGAUUUCUUUACGUGGCCGGUGGCGAAGACCAGAAUGAUGCAAGAAAUCAAGCCAAGCACGCAGUCAGCAAUUUCUGCAGAUAUGAUCCCCGCUUCAACACCUGGAUACACCUGGCCAGCAUGAACCAGAAGCGCACGCACUUCAGCCUGAGCGUGUUCAACGGGCUCCUUUACGCCGUGGGCGGCCGCAAUACCGAAGGCAGUCUGGCCUCGCUGGAAUGCUACGUGCCCUCCACCAAUCAGUGGCAGCCGAAGACACCCCUGGAGGUGGCGCGCUGCUGCCACGCCAGCGCGGUCACCGACGGCCGGUUGCUGGUGACCGGCGGGUACAUCGGCAGCGCGUACUCGCGCUCGGUGUGCGCGUACGACCCCGCCGGCGACUCGUGGCAGGAGCUGCCGGGCCUGAGCACGCCGCGGGGCUGGCACUGCGCGGUCACUCUGGGCGACAGGGUGUACGUGAUGGGGGGUAGCCAGCUGGGGGCGCGCGGGGAGCGCGUGGACGUGCUGACCGUGGAGUGCUACAGCCCCGCGACUGGCCAAUGGAGCUACGCGGCGCCGCUGCUGGUGGGCGUGAGCACGGCGGGCGCCUCGGCGUUGCACGGCCGCGCGUAUCUCGUGGGGGGUUGGAACGAGGGCGAGAAGAAAUACAAGAAGUGCAUCCAGUGCUUCAGCCCGGAGCUCAACGAGUGGAUGGAGGACGACGAGUUGCCCGAGGCCACCGUGGGCGUGUCCUGCUGCACCCUCUCGAUGCCCAACAGCGUGACCCGGGAAUCCCGAGCCAGCUCAGUGUCCUCCGUGCCAGUCAGUAUCUGAACCCAGGUAGAUGCGGGGACGCAGGAAGAACAAAUAGGCGUUCGUGGGUAACCUUUGAGUUAGCGGAAAGGAAAAUAUAUAAACUUUACUACAGUGGUUGUAUCUUAAACUAUAUCGAGGCCUAUGUCUUGGUGGUUUUAAAUUCCGGGUAUGGCUUAAUCUACCUCUGGGUCUGUUUUUUUUUUGUUUGUUUUUUUGGUUUUUUUUUCUGUAAGCCACAAAGAAAAGAAACCACUCCUUUCACCGGCCAUUGGGUGGCAGGCAGAAUUCAUUGCAGGCAGUCUUCCACCAGGGCGUUUUCCCUUCAUGCAUAGCGGUUACACCCACAUCUGAGAAUUUUCUUUUACCCUUCAGUAGACGGGAAGCUUAUUCGAGUAAGCAGUUUCAUGUACAAAAGUUUAUCUUCCUCUUUCUCUUUUUCUUUAGGAAGUUAAAAGCAUUCAUAGCUUUUAUUUUAAAAUGGAAAUCCGUCUAUAUCCAUAAAGACUUAAUUCUAUAUUUAAAUGCAGUUUCUUUUUCAAUACGUGACUGAGUAAAGAAUAUUGAAACGCAUCCCGUGACAAAGUCAUAAAGCUUAAAACAACGUCUGACUGGAAAGUAACAGGGAUUCCUCCCUGUAACUGUCACAUUGAUACCUUUGGUUUAUCCCUUGUUCUCUUUUUCCUCUGUGCCUCAGUCUCCAGUGUAGUUGCUAUCAAAAAACACUGCUCUCAAAGAAGAGAACCACUAGUCAUUUAGUUUAUGGUGUAAAUUUAGAUCAUUUUGUUGUUUUUCCUACAAGUGUUUGCACUUCAGCCUUCCUCCCCUAUUAAAGGAAUUGCAAGUAUGAUGGAAGCCUUACUCUGACCCUAAAAACUACACCGAGAUGCAAACUUGACCCAAUGUAAGCCCCAAGAAAGAACACCAAAUAAAACUAUGGCUGUAAGGAUCAUUAACUUAAAGCUUAUGUAGCCCAAAGGUUAUACAACUGGUAACAGUAAUGUGAUUUCCCCCAUUUUUUUUUUUUUUUUAAUGGAUGAGAAUGAAGGGAACGUUUGGAAUUCUUGGGUUUGGCAGUAACAUCCUGGUGGUAAAUGUCAUUGUUUUCCAUUUCACAGCAAUCCUCUUGAUUUCUUAAUUAAAAAUCUAACACAUUUAUCUCACAUGGAAAUAUCAAAAUAAUAUACGCCCAUUCUGUUAUGUAUGUUUUCACUUCAUCUGCUCCAAAUUAACUUUGCAAAUUAAGGUGUAUCCACUUGAUAUCAUUUUCUUACAUGUUUGCCAAGUUUUGGAGCAAGGGAAUGAUUGUAGUAAAUGAUACAUAUUUUCCUUUCUUAUAAUUUAUCACCUUAUUCUUUGAUAGUUUCUUUGUUUUGGAGAAGUGGCCUAUCAGUUAUGGGUUAUGUGCAAUUAGGUUUUGAAAAAUAAAACUAUUUAAAUGGUUAAACACGGGAUACGUGGAAAUGUAACUGGGUUCUCAUUAAUCCCAUUUCUCCUACCUUGUGUAGAUAGGUUAUUGCUAGAGUUACAAUAUUUAUAUUUAAAAUAUUUUAUUUGAACUGUGAAAAGUGGUUCAUGUAGUACACUUUGUGGAACAAUUUUAUAUCAUUGCUCCUUAUGAAAAGUUCAAUUUCUGUGUAUUUAAUGGUAACACUUGGGUAAAGCCUACGACACUAUAAGUUGAGAACAAGGCAUUGUUAAUGUAAAAACACAGGGCUGUUUCCUCACCCCACACAGAACAUUCAGAGCUUCUCCACGUACAGAGCAAAUCUAAAGGUAUCUGCUCCCUUGACUCUCUGUUCAGGCUGGGAAGUAAAGCUGUAUAAGAAACUAGUUUAUGGAGCAAGUUAAAUCACUGAGCCCCUUAAGUUGCCAUUGUACAAACCACAGAUAACCCUUGUCCUUGAAGCAUCAUUGGGAAAAUAAACUUUUCAUUUUUAGUAAAUUAUUUUGGCCAUAACCCACAAAGCCUGUGUGAGGAUGACUAUAACAUCUUUUAGUUUGAUAUAAAUGUAUGUUCUUGUACAGUUGAGAUGCCUAUAGUAUAUCACAAAUUUUGAGAGAAAAAAAGUGAUUUCUUAUGGAUUAUAGGUCAUAAGUGGGCAAAUAGACAUAAUUCCUGAUGUGCACUAGUAGUGUCUCCCGUUGAGAUCCUAGAAGUUCGGUGAAGUGGAGGGCCUAUGGCUUGGAAUGAAAUGAGAAUCAAUCAGUUGUAACAUUUUAUCUUGGAAGAAUGAGGAGAGAUUGACACUAGAGGAUUUUUCAGCAAUCAGAGCUUGAUGAGAGCUUGGUGCAGACACAAAAGUGGCUUUUUAGAGAUGAGAUUGGAGACAUGUUGGAGCUGGGUAAAUCACUUGAAAUUACCGUGUAAUGUAUUUUCUACGUUGUUUAUUUUAAGACUGAGAAAACACACGUGUCUGGGCGUACCAGGUUCCUGGGGACGAUGCUGCUCUCCCUUCUGUUUCAACAGUUAGGUCCAUAAAUAAAGACCAAUAUGAAUUUAGGAUCCUGGAAUUUCUGACAUGACAAAUUGGUGGGGAGCAUGGAACAUUAAGUGUUGGUGAAAGUGCUGUGUCCUGAAACAUCCCUCACUGACAACUGAAAGACACGAAAGUAUGUGGAAUCAAACUAAUCCGCGUCACUUUUUGCGCACGAGCGAAACGUACUCUUUAACCCUGCCAUUGAAGCAGUUGCCCCUAGAACCGCGACGGUUUCUCCAUGUUUCCCAACUGGAAAAGCACUUCAUUUUCCAUGUGUUUAAAGCAUUCAAUUAUACUUUUGGUCUCAGGAUCCAACCCUAUACCUCCUUUUAUUUUUCUGAAAGAAAAGGACGUGUUAUUUUUGUAAUGCCAACAUCCUGUGACUAAAUAAAAGCAUCAGUUCCGCCUAUCAGAGCAAUAGCAAGUCACCCAGUAGCUGAAAUAAGAAGCUUUCUUUUUCUGAAUGGGCCAGAGACCUGAUGUGCGAGUCUCAAGGAAACAAGACUGUCAUGUGGUCUGUCCGUUGUUAGCGUGCCACUGUCGUCCCUGAUGCUCCAGUUGCUUUCGGUGUCAUUGAAUGAGUUUUGUGUUUACUUUCUCUGUUGUAAGACUGGUUAUGAAUAGAAGGUCAGUGAUGGUACAGAUUAAUAUAAUUCUAAACAGUAAUUAGACGGUAGCGGGGUGUUACGAGUGAAGAGGUGUAAUUGAGGCAAGAAGGAAGUGAAAAUGUACUGAAUGGUUCUAUGGUUAAAGCAACACAGCAAUUAUAGUAAGUGUAUUUUACAAAUAUGCAUGUAACCAGAGGCUUCCCUGGAAAUAUGUAAGUGUUAGAAGGUCAAUUUUUUGCUGGUUAUCUCGGCCAAAUGCCUUCAGAAUUUAUCCAAGACACUAGAUAAAAGAAACUAAAAUCACUUCAUUUAAUUUUUUCCCUGAGUUACAAAGCAAUAAGUUUAUGUAAUCUUCUCUGAAUGAUUCUUCUGAAUUCUUUUCUGAACAAAUGUUCUCUGAAUGAGCUAUAUCCCCAUCCCAGCCACGGAUGAAUAUGUCUUCUAGCACAAGGCAGCAUUAUAAGGAAUUAUUUUUCAGUAUGUCUCUUCAUAUCAGUAAAAACUGUAGCAAAAUUUCCUCAAUGCUCCUCCCAUGGUAAUUAUGAGAACUAAAGAAUCUAAAAUAUUAAAGAUUUACCCUCCAGCACAUUCAGAAGGUAAAAACCAUUUAAAU